AAACAACUAGUUUCCUCUCAUUUUAUUGGUACAAUAGCGUGAUCCAUUCAUUGUUGGGCGCGCCUUCCCAAUACCGAGCUCAAAGCACUGUAAGUAUACCUAGAGCUACGUCUUUUUUUUUCAACUAACUCUUUCGCUCCGGUUCCGCACAAAUCAACUUACCUCCAGUAACCAGUUUCGACCGAUACGAGCAACGUUAUAUUGAAUGGUGCCGUUCUUAGUGCUUAGUUCUUUUUUUCCUUUUAAUUAUUUACAUUGUAUUUACCUAUACGAACGUGAAUGUUUCGCGAUACCGGUAAAAUAUGACGAAAACAGUGACGACCAAAGUUGAAGGCAAAACAAGCGCUUCUCCAAAGAGCACAUUUUCGCCCAAGGAAAAAGUGAAACUGGUAGGAUCAAAAAUCAUAAAAUCAUCGAGUACGAAAAAAAAGCCCGAAAAAUUGAAAUCAAAAAGCAUCGAAAAUGUCUCUGAUACAACAUACACAAUUUCUCACGAAAUCACUGAAACCAGCAGUAAAGUUAAAAAAUCAUCGCAGUCUCAAAAAGACAUCAAAAUAACUUCAACUUCAUCUGAUUUUGACGCAGCUUCCAAAUCUCAAAUUGAAUCAUCUAAUUCUCGUUACUCCAGCAAAGCUCCGAAGAAUUCAAACAAACAAGAAGAAGGAAAUUCAUCAAACGAGACGAGACGCGAAAUACAUAAUUUUUUGAACAAAAUUGACGGCGAAUUUCAAGCCACUUACAAUCAAAAUUAUGGUUCAAAUGUUGUCUCCAGUUCAAAUCAUGAUCAAAGUCAAAACUUCAUUUAUACUGAGCAAGUUACGUCAAGUAACGCAUACAAAAAUGAUAUUGACAUGAAUGGAAACUCUAAACAUGUAGAAUUUCAAAGCUCACAAAUUACUGAAACUUCUACUCCCUAUUCUAAAAUCACCACAAAGACUAGUACACAAACCACCACCUGCAGCCAACCUAGUGGCAAGAAAUUCACCAAUAAACAUGGCGAUUACAAGGUUAAACUAGUUGGUGGGAAAAUAGUCAAAACAUUGAAUAAAACAGAUGUCAAAUCCAAAAGCAUUAAACAGCAGAGCUCUAAGGAAAGUUCGAGUAAACAAACCAAUAAAACUUCCAGCUCCAGUAGCCAAUUUUACAAUAAUUAUGAAACCGCAGAUAAUGCGCAGUCGUCAUCUUAUGCCAAUAAUUUGCACAUUGAUUACACAGAUGAUGUAAAAAAUUCUCAAAUUAAUCAUGAUAGUGGUUUUAAUUCCACCACUGAAGAGGCUAUUAUUUAUUCAUCGAAAGUUCAACAAGAAACUACUGAUAGGAUGAACAUCCCCCAAGAUUCUAAUACCACCAAUUCAAAUCAAUUCAUACAUUCAACAAAUACUCUACAAGAUUCAGCCUAUGAUAGCAGGAAUUAUUCCACUGUGAAUGAUGUGUCCAACUCGAACAUGAUCAUUGAAAAAAGGGCUGUGCACGAGGUUAUAGAUAUUCAACAAAUAUACAAUAUAAAUGAGCAAGUAAUUGAAGAUGUUUCAAACUUGAGACAAACCUUUGACAACGCGGAACUGUCCAAAAGUUACAUUAUUGAUGAUUCUGUGGUCAACAGUAAUACUUUAGAUAUUUCAGACAUCUCUAGAAGCUACAUAGUUGACAAUAGUAACACAAUUGAUACUGCUGACAUCUCCAGGAGCUACAUCAUAGAGAAUAGAAACACCAUCAACACCACUGACAUCUCCAGAAGCUAUAUCAUUGAUGAAUCUGUUAUCAACACAAACACUUUUGACAACACAGAUAUCUCUAGAAGUUACAUCAUCGAUGACUCCAUCACAGAUAGGAAUAUAUUCUACGACCAAAUUAUCCAAGAAGUUGACCAACAUGUAGUCCGAGAAGUUUCCAACACAUCUUCAACCUAUGACAAUGUAGAGUUUGGGAACUUCUCAACCAAUGCUGCGGAUCAAUCAUCAGUCAACACCUCCAUGAAUGAGCAUGUUGUACAAGAUGCUUCCAUCAUUCAACAAUCCUCUAAUAUGAAUUCUUUCAUUAAUGAACAAAUUAUUCAGGAAACAGCUCAUGUUGACACCUUUGUCAACGAAAAGGUCAUCCAAGAGGCUUUUAAUAUCAGUACCAUUGUUGAUGAAAGAAUUAUGGAACAGAUUCCCACUAACGGAAAUGCCUUUGCUGAUGAAACCUUUGUGCAGGAUUAUACCGAUGUCCAUCAAUCCACUUAUGAUAAUGUUGACUUUACUCGUGAUUUCACCAAUGUCAACGAAACUUCUUUGUCAACCAGUACAGAUGUGUUUGCAGACCAGAGGGUUAUUCAGAAAAAAGCAGCCAUCAAACCAAUAGACGAAAGAUUAUCUCAGCAGAAUGUCACCAAAAUGCGCGAAGAUACCAGAACCACCAGCCAAAAGGAACAAUGCAUUUGUGAAAUUUGUACUUGCGGGCGUCACAGAUGUCCUCACACUCCUGUCAAUGAAGGUCCUAUCAUAACCUAUCAGGAUGAAAUCACCACCAAAACAUUAACAAAAGAAGAAUAUCAAGCGUUUUCAUCUCAGAAAAUUUCAAGACCAGUAUUGCAGCAUCUGCAUACUGACCUACAACUGCAAAAAAAUGAUUCUCUUCAAAUACAGACUGAUUCUAAAGUUCAAUUCCAGCACAAACAUGCUGAAAAGCAGGAAGUAAUUAAUGUGGAAGAUAACCUCCAUUUUGAAGGAGAAUAUCACCUUGAACAAGAAGACUUUACAGCUCUUUAUAAUGAAAGACAAAUCACCACACAGCCAACAGAUAACUUUAAACUUGAAGAUGAUUUUGAAAGACCAACUAGACCUGCCUUUUUACCUGCUGAACAUCCUCCAAAACCUAUCAAACCUUCUGAUAACUUAAAACUAGAGGGAGAUUUUGAAAGACCCAAACACCAAAAAGUCAUUCAUGUUGAGAGACCUUCUCUAAUAAAACCAGCUGACAAUUUAAAACCUGAAGGUAACUUUGAACGACCAACUCCUACAAAAGUGCAGCCCAGUGAACGUCCAAAGCCAAUAAAACCAGCCGAUAAUUUAAUACUUGAGGGAGAAUGUGAAAGACCUUCUCCAAUCAAAAUUAUACCUGGUGAAAGAACAGUCCCUAUCAAACCAUUUGAUAACUUACAUCUUGAAGGUGAUUUUGAAUACCCAAAGCCAACUGAAUUUAAAUCAGCUGAAAGAUCUAAGCAGAAAAAACCUGAUGACAAUUUAUAUCCAGAAGGAGAAUUUGACUAUCCAAUACCAGUACAGUUUGUGCCAGCAGAGAGACCAAAGCAGAAAAAACCAAAUGAUAAUUUAUACCCUGAAGGAGAAUUUGAGCAACCUGCACCAACUGCAUUUGUUCCUGCAGAGAGACCCAAACUUAAAAAGCCCACUGAUAAUUUAUAUCAGGAAGGAGAAUUUGAACGACCGAAACCAAAAGAAUUUGUCCAUGCUGAAAGGCCAAAACCUAAAAAGUCUGAAGACAAUGUAUACCCUGAAGGAGAUUUUGAACAUCUGAAGCUAGGUGAAGCUGCCACUAGUGAGAGGCCCAAACCAGUGAAACCUUCUGACAACUUGAAGCUAGAAGGGGAAUUUGAACAUCCUGUAAAAAGUGAACCUGGUAUACCAGAUCAUGCUAUCGUUAUAAAACCUGUAGAUAACUUGAAACCAGAAGGAAAAUUCUUUGGACAAAGGGUCAUAACAGAGGAAUUUCAACAUAUUGUUGGAGAAAGAGCAGAAGUUCAUAGACACACGGAUAACUUGGUCAUAGGUGGAAAAUUCAAUGCCAAAACUACCCAACAAACUGAAUUUACUGGAGUGCAAGUGGAGCGACCCAAGCUAAUUCGAAGAAACACAUUUACAAAACUUGAAGGCGACAUAACUACUGAAACUACAAGUUCCCUAGAUUUUAGACAAUACCAGAAUGUUGAGAGAACUACAAAAGUUAUAAGAAGAGAAGACAAUAUUUUAUUAGGAGAUGAAACAUCACAGGUCACCACACAAAAUCGUGAUGAUUAUCCUGAGAGGUGGAUUGUUAAACCAGAAAAACCAAGAAAACAUAUUGACAAUUUACAAGUUAGUGGAGAAUUUUACUCAUCUACUAGCACAAAAGAAGAUUUCUGUGCUUAUCAAGACAUCAUAGCAAGAGAAACAAUCAAAAGACCACAAGAUAAUUUGAUUAUAGAAGGCACAAUGAUUUUAGAGACUUCUGCAAUGACUGAUUUUACUAAAAAAUUACCUGAACAUAUUGAACCUCAAAGACGAAGAACAUGGACAAAGCAAGAUGGUGAACAAUUCUUUGAAACUACAACAUCUAAAGAAUUUAAAGCUCAAGUAAUAGAAAGAGUAUCCAAAACAAUCCAUCAAGACAAUCUUGAAAUAAGCACAAGAAAAUUUGAUUGCAUAACUACUGCUCAAGAAGUUUAUCAAGUGUAUGAGACUGAAGAAAGAGUAAAACCAAAGAAACCAAAAGAUAAUUUAAAACCUGAAGGUAAAUUUGAUAGACCAGUAAUUGAGGAAAUUGAAAUGACUAAACGACCUGAACUGAUCAAACCAAAAGAUAACCUUAAACUAGAAGGAGAAUUUGAAAGACCUAAAGCUAAAAAAGUACUAGAAGUAGAGCAUCAAAAACCAAUAAAACAAAAAGAUAAUCUUAAAACAGAAGGUGAAUUUGAAAGACCAACUACUGCUGCAUUUGUCCCAGUAGAAAGGCCAAAGCCGAUCAAACCUUGUGAUAAUUUGAAACCAGAAGGAGAAUUUGAAAAACUAACAAGAUUUCAAUUUGUACCAGUAGAAAGGCCCAAACCAAUUAGGCCACAUGACAAUCUUAGGCCUGAAGGUGACUUUGAAAGACCCAAGCAGAUUGAAUUCAAACUGGUGGAAAAAUCAAAACCUAUUAAACCAUGUGAUAAUUUAAAACCUGAAGGUGAAUUUGAAAAACUAGAGAGAUUCAAAUUCACACCUGGGGAAAGACCUAAGCCUGUUAAACCUAGUGAUAAUUUAUACCCAGAAGGUGACUUUGAAAGACCAAAACCAGUAGAAUUUGUGCCAGUAGAGAGACCUAAACCAAUUAAGCCAGAUGAUAAUCUUAAAUCAGAAGGUAACUUUGAAAUACCCAAACUAGUGAAAUUUGUUCCUGCUGAAAGGCCAAAACUCAUCAAGCCUGUUGAUAAUCUCAAACCUGAAGGGGUUUUUGAAAGACCAAAACAAUUAGGAUUUGUUCUUACAGAAAAACCUAAACCAAUCAAACCUAGGGAUAACUUAAAACCAGAGGGUGAUUUUGAAAGACUAGAACAAACUGAAUUCAAACCAGCUAAUAGACCCAAACCUAACAAGCCUGGUGAUAAUCUUAAACUAGAAGGUGACUUUGAAAUGCAUAAACAAUCUGAAUUUUCAUUGGUAGAGAGAUUAAGACCAGUAAAACCUGGAGAUACUCUUCAUCUUGAAGGUGAUUUUGAGAGAUUAAAACAAGAAUUUGUUUUGGCAGAGAGACUAAAACCUAUAAAACUUAAUGGCAAUCUUAAACUAGAGGGUAAUUCUGAGACACACAAAGUUCCUGAAUUUACUCUAGUUGAGCACCCAAAACCAAUAAAACCAAAAGAUAAUUUAAAACUUGAAGGAGAAUUCGAAAAACUAGAAGAAAAACUAUUCCCACCUGCAGAAAGAUCAACUCCAGUGAAACCUAUUGAUAAUUUGAAAAUAGAAGGGGAAUUUACUAAAAGAGUAGAGCAGUAUUAUGUAUCAGUUGAAAGACCUAAGCCAAUCAAACCCUUAGAUAAUUUAAGAACUGAAGGAGAAUUUCAACAACCACAAGAAAUUGAAUUUAUUCCUACUGAGAGACCUAAACCAGUAAAACCAAUAGAUAAUCUAAAACUAGAAGGAGAAUUCUAUAAUAAAUUUGAGAUUUGUGAAUUCACACCUGAAGAAAGACCAAAACAAGUUAUACCAGAGGAUAAUUUGAAGCUAGAAGGUGAAUUUGAAAGGCCAAUGCCAAAAGAAUUUAUUCCUGCUGAACAUCCUAAACCAAUAAAACCAAAUGAUAACCUAAAACUAGAGGGCAAAUUUGAACAACCAAAACAAACAAAGUUUGAACCUGCAGAAAAAGUAACUAUUAUAAAACAUAAAGAUAAUUUGAGAACUAAAGGUCUAUUUGAAAGCAGAGUUGUGAAUGAGUUUGUGCCAGUACAGAGACCUAAACCAAUAAAACCAUGUGAUAACUUGAAACUAGAAGGAGAAUUUCAAAAGCCUGUAGAAUUAGAAUUUAUACCAGCAGAAAACCCCACUAUUAUAUGCCAUACAGACAAUCUUAGGACAGAAGGUAUCUUUGAAGGCAAACAAAUAGUGAACAAAUAUGUCACAGCUGAAGUUCCAUCACUAAUGAAACCAACUAAUAACUUUAAACUUGAAGGAAAACUUGAGAUUCCUGAGAAACCUGAGUUUAUUCCAGCAGAGAAAACUACUAUAAGAUAUAAGGACAACUUGAAAACAAAAGAAGCCAUUUUUGAAGGCAGAGUUGUUGAAGAGUUUAUUCUAGCUGAAAUGAGACAACCUGUGAAACCAGUUGAUAACUUGAUACUUGAAGGUGAAUUUGAGAAGCCAAAAGAAGUCAAAUAUAUGGCAGCAGAGAGGCCAAAACUAACAAAACCUUCAGAUAAUCUUAAACUUGAGGGAGAAUUUGAGAAACCUAAAAAGGUUGAUUUUGUGCCUGUUGGACGCCCAAAACCAAUUAAACCAACAGAUAACCUAAAAAUGGAAGGUGAAUUUGAAAAACCAAAACAAAAUCAAUUUGUUCCAGGUGAAAGGUCCAAACAAGUUAAGCAACAUGAUAAUCUUAGACCUGAAGGAGAUUUUGAGAGACCCAAACCUAAAGAAUUUGUGCCAGCUGAAAGACCAAUACCAAUCAAACCUUGUGAUAACCUCAAACUUGAAGGUAAAUUUGAAAAACCCCAUCAAGCCAAAUUUGUAUCUGUAGAAAGGCCUGAACCUAUCAAACAAAAUGAUAAUCUAAAACCAGAAGGUGAAUUUGUAAGGCCCAAACCUACACAAUUUGUUCCAGCAGACAGGCCUAAACCUAUCAAACAAAAUGAUAAUCUAAAACCUGAAGGUGACUUUGAAAGGCCCAAACCUACACAAUUUGUUCCAGCAGAAAGGCCUAAACCAAUCAAACAAAAUGAUAAUCUAAAACCUGAAGGUGACUUUGAAAGGCCCAAACCUACACAAUUUGUUCCAGCAGAAAGGCCUAAACCUAUCAAACAAAAUGAUAAUCUCAAACCUGAAGGUGAAUUUGAAAGGCCCAAACCUACACAAUUUGUUCCAGCAGAAAGGCCUAAGCAGAAGAAACCAGAAAAUAAUCUUCAUCUAGAGGGAGAAUUUGAGAGACCUAAACCAGGCCAAUUUGUCCCUGCUGAAAGGCCUAAACAAAAGAAACCCUGUGAUAAUUUGCACCUAGAAGGAGAAUUUGAAUGUCUUGAACCAAAAGCUUUUAUAUGUACUAAAAAAACCAAACAAAUUAAACCAGGUGAUAAUUUGAGACCUAAAGGUGAUAUUAUAAAAUCCAAAAAAGCUCAAUUUGUACCAACAGAUAGACCAAAACCAAUUAAACAUCAAGAUAAUUUAAAACUAGAAGGUGAUUUUGAAAGGAGGAAACCAGUUGGCUUUACUUUAGCUGAAAGGCCCAAACUAAUUAAACCUAAGGACAAUUUACAUUUAGAAGGAGAAUUUGAGCAACCAAAAGCAGUUGAGUUUAUUGCUGCAGAACGUCCUAAGCAAGUAAAACCUUCUGAUAACUUGAAACCAGAAGGCAAUUUUGAGAGACCAAAAUCAACUAGAUUUAUACCUUCUGAAAGACGGAUACCGGUGAAACCUAUAGAUAAUUUAAAACUAGAGGGAGUCUUCCACAAACCAAAAGAGACCUCAUUUGUAUAUGUUGAGAGGCCUAAACCAAUUAAACACACUGAUAACCUUCACAUUGAGGGUGAAUUUACCAAACAGGACAAAACUGAUACAUUUACUGCUGUUGAAGUAGAAAGGACAAAACCAAUCAAACACACAGACAAUCUCCGCAUGGAGGGAGAAUUCACAAAACGAGUGAGAAUGGAAACUAUUAAAGCAGUAGUUGAAGAACGCUCAAAACUAAUAAAACCUGUGGAUAACCUUAAAAUUGAGGGGAAAUUCACAAAACAAGUAAAAACUGAAACUGUAUCUCAACCAGUUGUUGAAAAAAGCAAACUAAUAAAACCAGUAGAUAAUUUAAGAAUUGAAAGAGAACAAGUUACUCAGCACAUUGUCCAGCAGCAGCAAGUUAUUCAGCAACAAAAAGUUGAAAGACAUUCUACAAUUAGGCAAACUGAUAACUUGGGAGUGAAAGGUAAAUUUGAGGGUCGAGUUGAACAUUUUGAUCCAACACAUGUAGUGGAACCUGUCAAAACAGUCAAACCCAAAGAUAAUAUACAACCAAAAGAAGAUUUUGUGAGGUGUCCUAUACAAAAUGUACAAACUCAAACCAAACAAGUACAAGCUGUUAAGCAUCAAAAUAAUUUAAAAAUGGAAGGACACUUUAAUAAUAUAAAGAAUGAAGCCUUCAAAGCUGCACAAAGAUCUGUACCAAAAAACCUAAGCACAUUGAAACCUGAUGGUCCCAUGAUAAUAGAACCCAAGAAAGAUUUCACAUCAAUUCAACCUGAUAGAGUUACUGUUAUAAGGCCUAGGGAUAACCUGAGGGUAGAAGGAGAAUUUGUAAAACAUAAGGUUGGUACUAGUGAACAACAUAGCACUCUACAAACAGUCAAACCAUCUAAAUUGAAUCUUGAUCAAAUCACACAAAGAUUGCAGGAUGUGAAUCGAUAUAUGGUAAAAGGUGAUAUGCAAGACAUAUCAUAUAGAACAACUUCUAAUAGUUCUACAAGUUCCAUUAUUGGAGGAACAUCUCAAAUCUCUUCCAAUACAAAAUCCAGUAACAGUCACAUUGUGAAUGGUCAAACUACACAAAAUAGUCUAAAUAUUGGAAACUCAACCCAGACAAAUCGAAAGAUGAUGAAUGAAAAAAGUACUCAAGAAAAAGUUGGCUCUAAGAUCAACCUAGCUUUGGCAAUUAGCACUACAACUCGAGCAGAUAGACAAUGCCUCAGUCAAUCUAAUAAUUUAGGUUCUCACAAUGCUACCCAUGAGCUCAUUUCAAAAACACACAUCUCUGAUCAACACAUACCAAUUACCAAUCAAGUUAUUUGUACAAGAAACCAAAAUACAAAAAAUCUACAAUCAAAGUCUAAAUUAUCAGACACAGAGAGAUCAUCCAAAGAAAGCUUAUCUAGCAUACACCACCGUAAAAAUGUAAUCAGUUCAACAUCAGAAGAUGUUAGUAAUUCAGUGCUACAUAGAAAAGGAAUAGUUGUAAAUGUUUCUGAACCUGGAAUUCACACCAUUUCCAGCACAGCAGCUAUUCAACGUAAAAGUAUACAAAAUAUUGAUGGUCAAUUUAGUUCACAACAACAAUCAGAUCGUAAAAGUCUGAGUUCCCUUCACAGACAAGGUGUUCCUGACAGUCAUGCUCAUAACACUCACACCUACAGCAGAAGACAAAACGAUAAUUUGACUGUUGAUACAUUUAGUCAUUUUGCUAAUGAAUCUGGAUCAACAGGUUAUGGUGGUUUUGCCAAAUCUCAAAAAGUUAAAACAGUUAAAAGCCACAAUACUUCCCAAAUUACCUUCGGAGCAGAUUAUUCCAAACAGAAUAUGCAUUCAUCAUAUCGCAAAGAAUUCACUCCUAGAGUGAUAGGUCCAUGCCCUGCAGCAUCAAUAGUUACCAACCAAGCACCAAUUUCUUUCAAACAUACAAGAGAUACCAAAUCACACAAAUUUUAUACAUAUAGUGAGAGUAAUUCAUAAAGUAAUUUGAAGUAAUUUGGUACCUAGAUUGUUUAGAUUAUUUGCUCACAUGUCAUGUUUUAUUUUUUUCUCAUUUUGAAGUGUAUUGAAAAUUUGAAUACCUGUAUAUGGAUUUGAAAUCUUAAAAAAUUACAAACUGGGAAAUCCCAUUUUAAAUGUGAUAAUUUUUUUGAUGAUGUCAUUAAAUUUAUUAUUUAAUUUUUUGUAGCCAUUUACUUUCACAAACAAAAUAUUUACAUACCUACCUGUAUAAUAUUGCAACCCACAAGUGUUGUUUUUUUCGUUCUUUUUUAAUUAUAAAAAUAAAAUGUGCUUAUUUAGCUUAUUAUCAUGUAGUACAGUACCUACAUAUUUAUUUUUUAAAUAAUUUUUUCUCUGUUAUUAGGAGUAUGUUUUAAAUUGCUUUUUCUAAUAUACCUAUUCCAAUUAUUGAUAUUUAGUUUCAUUUCAUUUCUCAGGUAGCUCACAUACAUAUAUACUUAUUACCUAGGCACUGGUGCUUUUGAAUGUUGCCACAUUUCUCAUAAAAGAUAUGUAAUUUUAAAGGAACUGCUUUUAAAAAAGAAAUGAAAAGGAUUAAAUUUGAAGAAGUACCUGCUGUUCCUUCUUGCAAGUCUUUCUGCAAAUAAUUGUGAUGCUGGCAAAGAGGCGACGAUUUUUGGUACAGGACUGGUAACUCGUCGGUCUUCACACUGAACCAAAGAAAGAAAAACCCGAAUAUUAGUACUUUCUCCAUACAAAAACGAAAUCAAAAUUAAUAAAAUACAAAACGAAAACGUUACCUUAUUCAUAGGCGAUCAUCGAUCAAAAUGAACAUUUCUCGAAUCUGAGAGAUUCUUGAAGUCACAAUCUUAUUAUUCCACUUUAAAUCUGGAUAUUUUCAUGGCUUUAUAUCUUCAAAUUCGUAUGAAAAAACAGAGUAUGAUUAUUAAUUUUUUACAUUCAGAAAAAUUUGAAACAUUAGCACGUGGUAGGUUCAUUGACAUGCAGCAAUCAAAAUCCUCAAGUAGAUGUGUCAACAUGUAUUUACACGAAGAUGCAUGCAUCUAGAUCAGCUGCACUUUCACUAGGUCUUACCUUAACAUCAGUUGAAUGAAAAUUCAUCAGGUAAUGUAGAUAAGUACAUAUAAAUAAUUUCAUCAAAUUUAGCAACCACAAUAGUAUUGAAAACAUGCUUAAUUGAAUACAACAUAAAGUGAGCAAUGGGGAGGGGGGGAUAAAAUAUUUUAUUCUAGAAUCUUCAAACUGUCAAAUAAGGAGUUGAAAAUCCUGAAGUUUGAAAAUGAAAUUUUGUAAAGCGCUAAUUUUGCAACAGAUCAUAUUCAAACCAAUUUUGAAAUAGUAGGCACCGGAUAACAUUCAAAAUAAAAAUUCGCUCAAAACAUUACCUACUUACAAUUUUUUGUGAGUGAAUGAUAUUCAUUCUGCAAAUGAGAAUUUUUUCAAAAAGACUCGGAUUAAUGGGAUUCUAUCUAUACAUAUAAAUUAAAUACACUGUAUCAACUAGAAAAAAUCGAAAAUAUCCCUUUAAGAGCCUAGAUCACUCAUCAGGUCACUCGAAACUGCUUACGCCAAUCUCAUAAAGCAAUUAUCACUACAAAAAAAAUAUCCAUAAAUUAAUAAAAUGACCAAAACAAUUCAAUAUUCAUUUAUAAAAAAAAUUAACAAAUUAAAAGAUGAAUAAAAAUUGAAAAAAUAAAAUAUAACUAUUGAGCAUUGCGGAAGAUUGUAAAAAACUGUAUCAUAUACAAAAAAAAAAAGUAUGUAGGUAAGUUAUACAUAUCCGUAAUUUCCAGGUGUAUUGUGAAAUUGAACGCAAUGCAUAAUAUGUAAGUAGAAUAUUUCAACGAUUCGUUUUCGAAGAAAAUACAACUUAAAAAAUUAUUAUGCAAAAUGCAAAAUGUAAAAAAAUAUCACCAUAUUGAUUAGGUACCUAUAAUUUUUAAGAAUACACAAAACGAAUUGGAUUAAGUAUUUGAUAUAAAUUUCUUUGCUUGUAAAAAAUUAUAAGAGUAAAAAAUAAUUUGACGUGUGAACAGGUUGACAAUCAAAAUGAUAUCGGUUUGCCUUUAGUUAAUUUUCUCAAAAAUCGAGGAUAGUCGCGUUUUUUAAACCAUACGAAACCCUGAAGAAGGAACCCAUCCUCCAGGAUUCACUAAAAAAAAAAAAAAAAAAAAAAAAAAAAAACACGGGUAA